UUCUAUUUCUUUUUAUUAGCAUCCUUCAGCAAAACGCCAGAAUGGAAUUGAGCGCGCGCGGCGGCGGAAACGCUCCACCACAGCCAGCAUCCCGGCUCCAUCCGCUGCUGCACAGCUGAGCCGCGGAUAAAAACACCAUUACGUAGUCUUGAUUCAACAGCAUACACCCCGUUUCUGAUAGAUCCCACAGCCAGGACGUGAGAGAAGCUCAUCCACCUACAUGUGGAGGAUUUUCACGCAGCGCACGCACGGCCAAUUUGGACCAAAACAAACGCAUUUUUCCAAAUGGUGUUAAUAAUAAAUAAAUAAAAAUCUGAAGCGACGCCACCAUUCAAAUGGACGAAAACAAUCAGGAAAUGUGUCAAUGUGUAAAAUGCAUGGAGGUGAGGUGGGGGAGAGGGAAAAAAGGGCGAGAUAUGGCGAGUUUGGGGCCAGAAUCGCGUCAUUCAAGACAACCUACAGUAAAGGGAGGGAGGGAUGGAGGCGUUGUGAUUUUUAUCAACGUGUCUCGGGGUUUCAUUAUGAUUUUUAAAGCCAAACUUUAUGAAUGAAAUGUGAUUUUUUUCCCUCUCCCUCUGUCGUCCUCACCCCUCCUCUCCUUCUUCCCUUUUCUAAUCGGACCCCUCCCCCCAUCUCUCGUUUCCUCUCCAUCCUCUCACCCACUCGUCGCUUCUUUUUUUUUUUUUUCCUCCAUUCCUUUUUUUCACACGCGCGUGCAUUGUAUUUAGGCCUCUCCAUGCUUGCUUGCAUGCAUUCAUGCAGGGCCGCUCUGGAUCCGCUUUGGUUUCGUCCCCAUUCAUAAAAAAAAAGAAAAAAAAACACAUAUAAGAUGAUAUCGGCGCGUGCUAAUGAGCGCGUGCAGCAGGGGCGGAAUGGAAGGAUGCGAAGCUGCGCGAGGAGGCUGCAAACGGCGAAAUAUGCGCUGCUUUGUGUGCAUUUCAUGCACAUGUCGAGCCGCGGCGCUAAAUUAUUCAUCCGAACGGCUUCUUUUUUUUCAAUAAUGCCUCUGAUGGCGAAUGGGUGCGUUCAUUGAUACGUUCACGUGCAUUCAUGCUUCCUUCCAUCUCCAGCACUAUUAUUAGUUUUUUUUUUUUAUCAUCAUUUGGGUUUUUCUGAGUAUGGAUUACAACAAGAAUUGGGAUUAGAUUAGCUCCAGUGCGCGCGAGGCCUUUGCGCGCUCGCGCUGCAGUCUCAUUGUGUCUCAUUCAUAGAAAAUCUGUGUCUUUUUUUUAAUGAAAGCUGAACCUUCCUCCCUGCAGGACUGUCUGUUAUUCAUUGUUCUGCCCUCCUCUCCUCUCAACAGUGUGCGUGUUCGUGCCGUGGUGAUGACACGUGAUGACUCCAGUGGCGGUUGGGUGCCCCUCGGAGGUGGCGGCCUCAGCCAUGUGGUCAUAUGUAAGGGGAGGAGUCACGACGGCAGGGGGCGGAGAGAGUACAUCAUACGUGGAGAGCGGCUGCGAGAUCGAGCACCUGUGUUGGAGUGCGCCGUGCAGAGGGGGUUGGUCUACAACAAGGUGAAUCCCAUCUUCCAUCACUGGCGGGUGGAGGACAGGAAGUUUGGCCUUACAUUCCAGAGUCCCGCCGACGCCAUCUCCUUUGAGAACGGGCUGCAGACCAUCAUCGACAAGCUGGACAGAGGCUCCGACUCGCCCUCCUCCUCCACGCCGGAGGAGGCCGACACCGAGGACGACGGACAGGCCUCCCACACAGGGAGCGAGUCGUCGUCCAACAGCAGAAAGGAGAUGCUUCCCAAACCCAUCACCAUAGUGACGAGCGAGUCUUCAUCCACCUGUUUCGUGCGGCCAGAGGAGUUCAGCUUUGGAUCCACCCACGGCGUCACCACUCACACACCUGCUCAGAUCCACGGCAGACCGGGACUGCACCAGCUUUCACAGACCGUGCUGAACCCCCCCGCGCCUCCACCCCCGCCCCCCGCUCCACCCACCCCUCCCGUGGGGCCCCCGGCCUCGUCCCCCCUCUCACCCACCAUCUCGCUGCUGGAGGAGGAAGACCUGCACAGCGUGGACCCGUGCAAAGACCUGUGGGGGUCCCGCGGCUACGAGGACUACAGGCGCGCGGGGGCCACCAGGACUAUGGUUGGGGGGCUGACGGGGGGCGUGGUGGUCGGAGGCGGGGGGAGCCUCCAGGACAAGUCGGACCUGUGCGUGGUCCGCUUCGAGAAGGAGCUGGCGGGGGUGGGUACGGCGGGCUGCGAGGUGACCGUGAGCCUGGACAGCAAAGCCUCGCAGCGGCUGUCGUCGUCGUCGCCCACCUGCAUGUCCAUGCCCAACGCCGUGUCAGGUGUGUCCUCAGGUGCCGGCUCACCCCAGGAGACGGGCAAGGGCUCGCCCUCCCCCUGCUGCAUCCACACCUCCCUGGCCACGCCGCGCUCGCGGACUCGGAAAAGAGGAGGCGCCGGCGGCGGGAGCGGCGACCCGGGGGCCAUCUCGCCCGACGACGACAGCCCGUGCCCGCAGGCGUCGUCGUCCUGCUCGUCCCGCUGCGUGUACUGCCGCUCCGUGUUCAGCGCCUCGGAGAACGGGCGGGGCCGCUGCAGGGACGCCCCCGACCCGGCGCUGCACUGCCUGCGCCAGUGGACGUGCGUGUGGUGCGCGGAGAGCCUGCUCUACCACUGCAUGUCGGACUCGGAGGGGGAGUUCUGGGAGCCCUGUUCGUGCGAUGACUCUUUGGGGGGGCACCCGCACCCUCUGUGCUGCGCGCGCUGGCUGGCGCUGCUGGCCCUGUCGCUCUUCGUGCCCUGCAUGUGCUGCUACCUGCCUCUGCGCGCCUGCCUGCGGUGCGGGGAGAGGUGCGGCUGCUGCGGGGGGAAGCACAAAGCGGUCCGAUGAGGGGGGUAGGUAGGUAGAUAGGAAUCCCCGGAUUGAGAGGCGGGGGCACCUGCGGGGCUCCCAGCAGACCUCCAAAGCCUUUUCACUGCAUUCAGCUCCUCCUCCUUUCAGCCGGCUGCAGGUGCGCUGCAUCCGGGUCACGCUGUGCAGGAAUCACCUGGAGCCCUUACAGUGGACGAACAGCUGAUGGAGAGGAUGUGUACACUGUUCCAAACGUCCUUUUGGUUUGUUUUUGGUUUGUUUUUUUAAUUUACAAAGAAACUCUAAAGAAAAAAAACACACACCAGAUGUUUAUAUCUAUAUAUAAAUAUAUAUAUAUGAUUGUUAUAAUUUUAAUUGGUAUAUUUUAUUAAAUGUAAACCACAUUGACAAAAUUCCCAAACAGCACACACAUCCGUGUUCUCACUCCAGUGGAAGUUUCAUGUGUUCAUCGGUCAGAUGGGCAGAUGUCACCCUUUACCUCUAAGUUUACCUCAGACGUUACUCAAACCCUGGUCCAGGGGGGCAGAGGCGAUGGUGGGGGAGGAUUAAAGAGAGCACACGUAAAAAAAGAAAAGAAAAGUAAAGACAAGGCCACAAAUCCUGUUUGGUAUGGAGCUAAGUUAGAGCCAAAAUUAUUUGAAGCCCAAAUAAAACAAAUUGAAAAAACAGUAGUUUUGGCAAAAAAACAAAUAAAUUAAUUAAUUAAAAUCUCCUAAACUCUUUACUAUUCUAAAAUAAGCAGAAUUAUUUUCACCUUCAAAUGUUCAUUUUUUCUGGUUUCAAAACUAAAUUUUUCAAUUUCAAAUCUGGUUACAUUUUUUUUCACUUUCAACCCUUUUUUUUUCGAAUCAGAACAUUUUAGUUUUAAAACUUUAGGCCCUGUCGCUACAUUUUCUGUAUGUGGAACUCUAUCUUUUUUUCUGGUUUCAAAACUCAAAAUGUAAAUUUCAAAUCUUUUCCUCCAGUUUCAACAUUUUUUUUUCACUUCAACUCUUUUUAUUCUGUUUUCUAAUCCGAACAUGUCAUUUUUAAAACUUUUGGCCCUGUCGCUACAUAUUUUUAUAUGCAGAACUCCACUGGUUGCACCGCUCACCCCGCAUGCGUGAACCUCAAAGCCCUUCCGCUCUUUGUCCACUUUACGACUGUGUCAUUCCAAACAGUAAAACUCCAUGAUCACAAGAAUUCAUGUUUUUCUCAACAACUUAGAGCUUCUACCGGCUGGAUUAUAGCAUCCAAAAAAAAAAAAAAAACAAUAUUUGUAUAUUGUUUUUAUUACAGACAAAUGAGAAUCUGAUACGUGAUAAAAUGACACACUGUUUGGAGUCAUUCCGUCUGUUUGAUCGUUUUUAUUUUUCAUUUGUUGGAAACAGGAAAAGAUAAGAACUGAGAGCGUUUUACGGCUACUUCAACCAAAAUUGUCGUUGCAAGAUCGUAUGGUCCAGAUCCGUAACAUGUAUUUUUACUUUUUUUUAAUGUUUUCAUUAUGAUAAACAUAUCAGUGCUAUAUUAAACUUUUUGUUAUUAACCUGCAAAGACAUACUUUGGUUGUAAAAUCCUUACCCACAUAGCUACCGUAAAAGAUGUUAUAGCCGAAGUGUCGUGUGGUUCACGGUGCAACCGAGAGUUCCGCAUGUAGAAAAUGUAGCCACAGGCCCCAUUGUGGCACAUGGGGGCGGGGCUAACACGAGGGACCAAUCAAAAUCGAUGAGGGUGGAAACUUCAGUCCCGGUGCAUUCACUGACUCUGAGAACUUGGAUUAUUACGGUCAGAAAAUUAUUGUGUUGUUUGUACUUUUAUAGUCUGAAGUUGUGCCAAGAUGGACAUAAAAAGCAGUUUUAUCGUGUCCAAAACGUCCUCAUGCUUGCCUAAAAUGGGUAAAACAUGUUGGAGCUCCAGUUCAAGAACGAAAAGAUAAAUGAAAGUGAAAAAAGUUUUGAAACCAAAAAAGGAACAUUUGAAGCUGAAAAUAAUUAACUUUAUUUUAGAAUAACAAAACGUUUUGGACAUUUUUUUGGCCAAGCACCAAUGUCUUUUUCAAUUUGUUUUAUUUGGGUUUUUAAAUAAUAUUGGCCCAAAUUGAGCUCCAUAGAUUGUAGUUGUAAGAGAACCAGCCGUAAUGCAAAGAGACAAUGAUCGUGAAGGGAAGUUGCAAUGACAGACGUCCUGUUGUGAUCCACACUGGUCCUUUAUGUAAAACCAAACUUCUUUUUCCUGCACAUAAUUCUAAUUUUUAAUUUCCCCCUCCCAUAAUCUAAUGGUGAAAAGCAUCACAUCCCUCCACUGUUCUUGUUGAAUCAGACAAGGUGCUUAAACUGAAGCCUCUGAGCGAGUCUGUUCUACCUAAACGUACAAAAAGCCCAUCAAAAAAUCCGUCUCUGCCUCCAAAAAAACAACGAGGAGAGUAUUUUUGUAUCCGAUUGAUCUGCGUUUGAUAUCAAACGAACAUAUUAGGCAGGACGUCAAACAAAACUUGAAGGAGGCGUUUGCAUUAACGAGGGUUGCUUUAUAACGAAUCAAGACGCUGCUAUUAUUAUGAUUAAGUAAAACUACUGCCUCUUAAGUGAACCUGAGGUGUUGCAGUACUAAUCUUCUCAACCCUCCUCUGGUCCUAAAGAGCACAUUUUUCAUUUAUUUUUGGUAUUUUCUUCGCUCAUCCGUCUGUUUUAGUUGCAGUUCGCUGUGAUUCUUUCACUCCAGAAGCUGCUUCAUGCCAAAAAAGAAAAGAAAACUCCUCGCUGCUACAAGAUCGGGUUCAUUUUUAUGAUUAUUUUUUAACUCUGAUGCAACUUUCCGUUACUUGUGAUGAUGUUAAUCAAAGUGGAAUUCAAUCCAAAAACAGCCUCCUCUAGAAAAAGGUGCACGACUGAACUUCUCAUUUGAACCGGAGUGGAUCGUGGACAGAAGCUUCACUGUAUUCUUGACAUUUUAGGUUUUAGCCAAGAACUUUUUAUUUUUAUUUUUUUUUAUCCAAAGUGACUUAAAAACGGAGCGAGCAAGGUGGAGUGGACGAACUGUCGGCGAGGAAAAGCCGCUUUCACUGCUACUGUAGGCCGGCCUGCACACAACCGCGGUCCACUUACAACCACACGACAAAAAGAGCUGCCUCAAAGGCGGGAAACUCCAACACACACACACACAAAACCUUCCCAACUAUUUGCAAACGACACACUCGAUGGUGCAGAACUAACUAGUAAAGCCAUUAAACAGUUUGCAACUUCUGGUCCAGAAAUGAUGUUGGAGUCACCAAAACUGCGGGCCCCAUUCUUACAUCUUAAUAAAUGUGCCUUUUGAUUUGAGUAAUGAGUAACUUAUGAUUUCUAAGUAACUCUGUAUUAACUUUAAUUUUGAUUGAUUUCUGCCGAUGUGCAUAUUUCACAUGAACGUACUUAUUAGUUUCAAAGUAAUUAAUGAGAUAUUACCUGUUUAUUUAUUUAUUGAGAUAUUUAUUCUGAUUCUUUAUUUUUUUGAGACGAGUUUUUAAUCUUCUGUGCUGUCUUACUUCUGACUUUGUGCCAAUGUGCUGCUUUGAGGUGUUACAUAUCGUGGGUUUGUAUCAUUAUUAAACCCUCACUCUAUAUUUUAA